UGUUUGAAUGUGCGAAUCUGCCUUCGUCGGUUAGUUAUGUUUCGAGAGUGCUUAAUGUUGUGAUAUUUUAAUUCGUUUGAAGUUACACUGUUAAAAAUUAUUGUAUGUUAGUUUAGUUCUUAUUUUAAUUCGUCAGUUUUGGGAUCUGUGUGGAUGCUGUUCCGUAAAUAUCUGGUAACUCAGAAUAGAAAUGCCAGUUCAUUUCUGAAAGUUUAAUUUACGUUGCGCCAAGAGCGCUUUAUUAAGAAACAUCGGAAAUUAAGAUCCGUAUAUCCGAGCCUGUUGCAAAAAUGAUCUGAGACGUAAGAAGAUAGUGCAAGACUCUUUCAUGGUUCAUGUUAUAUGAGAAUUUGCAGUGUUUGACAACAAAAUGUGCUUGGCACGAACGCAAUGAGAAUGCCGAAUGUGGGAGAAACAUCCGAAGUUACAAGCCCGAAUCCGGGUGUUUUAUACUACGGCGUAUAUGUUCCGAAUGAUACAAAUCUUGGAGAGGACAAUGAUAAGGUUCAUGUCUACACUGAUAAAAGUGAAGCACUGAAACUUGUUAAAAAAUAUAAGAAAGCAAGAUUCAAGGCAUUCAGAUUGAAAGAAGAAGCAGAAGAGUUUGCGGAACAUGGUUCAGAAUCAUGUGGGACGACAGCCUCAACGCCAGAAAGAAGUGGACCAGUUGCUGAAAAGCCAAGCCCGUUCAAAGCGCCGAAACCGCAGGAUCUUGUCCAGCUGAGAAAAGCAAUCGAGACGGGAGCGACAGAUAUAGUUAAGAAAAUUGUACUGGAAAAUCCUCGUUACCUAAUAAGCAUAGGAGACACCCCUGCGAUUCUGCAGGAAGGCUCACGUUACAAUGCUUUACAUAUCGCAGCCAAAGCUCGACGUGACGAUAUCUGUGAGUUCAUUCUGGAUACUGUUGGAGAUCCUGCAUUCAUUUCAAGGCUUUAUGGCGAUGAUGACAUGAUAAGUUGUCAAUCGAGAGCUAAUAUUUUACUAGACCUCUAUCUUAACAUGCCAGACAAAGGACUAAAUGAGACACCACUACAUUUUGCUUCGAAGUUUGGAGCUACUGCUGUUGUUGCUAAACUUGUGUCGUAUAGUGAAUGUGAUAAACAUCCAAAGAAUAAAUUUUCUCAAACACCCAAAGAUAUGAUUUGCAGCAGGGCCCCAUCUUCAAAUGCAACGGAUGUCAAGACUAUAAGAAAUCUUUUGGAGGAACAGUUCUAUGUCCCAGUGUUGCGGUCUGAAGAUAACUCGCUGCCACCCACUGUUGGGGAGCCUUUCAGCCCAUCUCGGCCUCCAGCUCUUGUACAACAUGUAGUCAAUCCAACUGUUGAUAUACAUGCCUAUGCUGGACCGAUGCCUCAGGAAGAAGCAAAAAUUUUUCGUAAGAAGUGGAAGACACCACCUCGAUCUGUGUCCAGUUCUGCAGGAACACCGACAAAAAAUGAUUCGCCUUUGGCUUUGUCCACAACAGUAAGAUUAAUGGACACCGAGAAAGGGUUAGAACGAAUUGGCAGGACCCUUGCCCAUGAAACAAAAGUUGGCUGGAAAGAAUACUGGCCAUUCCUUGGAACAUUUACAGAUUUUGCCACUAAAGAAGGGCUUGACUUACUGGAAGCAUAUAUGAAGAAGCGGUUCCAAGAAACUUGGGGUAAACAUGUCUCCAAUGAUGCAUCACUAAACACCAAGGAUCGUUUUAACAUGAUGCAACUAACCAAUAUUGCUUGUGAUCGGAUAGAGCAGACCCCUUCAGAAGGAUCAGCUCAUGGGAAAAACUGUGUUGUCAGUCCAAUAACAGAUUUAUGUGUAGCGUUCAAAGCAUGUAGUCUCGAAGAGAACUAUAAAGCAUAUACGGACAAUGAAUAUCAUUCACCAGUUAAGCAGAUAGUUACCAAAAAUGCAUCUUUUGAUGAUGACAAUAAAGGAAAAGCAAAACUAACCAGCUGUGAGCAUGAGACACUUACAGACAUAUUAGAAAAUCCAGAUAUCUGCCCAUUACUAUAUGUUGAAAAGUCCUGUCAGGUAUUUGCAAAACGUAUAGCAGACGGUUUAAGCCAUAGAAUAUCCAUAGUACAUCGUGUGCAGAGUGAUGAUAUUAUAUUUGAAACACUAUGGCCAGAAGUGAAGCAUAUUCAGCGUGUUGUGAGCAGUUUCAUGGAUGAUCACCGUUUUGUAUCUGUUGACUUUCAUCGUAUUCACUCUCGCAUAUCAGUGCUAGCUUGCUCAAAACUUAACACACUUGCUCAGGAAGACUUGGAGUUCAUACUUAAUUGCUUGCAGUCAGAAACUAAAGUAGUUAAAAUCGCAGAUAAAGUUUCGUCAGAUGAAGAGGAUUCAGGGACAGUCAGGGAUACUGUACAAUAUAGAUCUCAAAAGAUUAUUCCUAGCAAUGACAAGACUGAAUCCUUAAUUGAGCAGCAAGUAAAAUGUUUUGCAAGAAAUAUUUUAAGUGCCUUAAUGAAACAUGGUGAGGUGUGUACGAGCAUAAAUAAUCUAAGUUCUCCAAUAGCUACCACAGAGGAAGAAUGUAAAAGCAUGUGGUCCAAUGCUUCUCCAUGCUCAUGCAAGUUGCAGAAUCAUUUGUUUACUAGGCGUAGUCGUGUGGGAUCAUCGUUCAAAAGGACGUGCAAAAAUUCUGGUGUAACUUUCAAAACCAUGCCAGAAAUUUCUAGAAGACCGAACUUAUGUCAGCAGGGUGACGAUAACUUUGAGAAGCAUUGUGAACAUAAAGAACUUGCUGGUGGAGGCAGUGGUGAUGUUGACAAUGACGGGAAUCCCAGUGAUGACGAUAAGUUCUUCACUCCUCCGGGUUCUCCUCAUGAUUCCAUUGAAGAAUUUGCUGAUGUUUCAGAUGGUGAAAAUGUAUUUAUAGAGGGUAACACUCCCGGAAAAGUGGAUUUGGAUGUCCUUCAUGCUCUGGCAGGAGUUGAUAUAUUACAACAGAAGUAUCCUAAUAUUUACAGGUGGCGACAUGCUAUCCUACUUUAUCCAGAAAAAGAGAGGGAACUGUGGGCCAGUCCUGCAUUCACACGGCACCUAAAGAAGCUGCAGACUCCGGGUACUCUGACGCCAACCCAUAGACAUGAAGAUGGAUUCUUAUCUUCUCCAGAUGCAUGGCAUAGAAGACUGGUGCGCUGUACGCAUGCUCCCAGAGCAGUUGACUUCAGCAAUGUAACAUAGUGGGUGGAACUGUAGUAAUUCCUUUAUCAUCCUCCAAGAAUUGUUGUGCCUCGUUUUAAAAAUAUUAUAUCUUCUGUAUAUAUUUCUCAAAAUUAUUUUUAAUGUACAUAAUAACUUUGAACUGUGAUGUACUUCUAAUGUGCUUCCCUAAGCAUUUUAAAAGAUCCCUUGACUCUACAGAUAUUUUUAUAAUUUUAUAGAGAAAAAGUAUCUGUGUAUAUUGAAAAGUUGACUGUAACAUUAAAAUUUUACCUAAAUACAGAAAACUGUAUAA